AUGGGGCUCUUGGAAUUGUGUGAAAAGUAUUUUCAAACCACCAAUCUGUACGAAGUUUUACAGAUUCCUGAAACUGCUUCGGACAAAGAAGUCAAAAAGGCAUAUCACAAAUUAUCUUUGAAAGUUCACCCAGACAGAGUGGAAGAAGCAGAAAAGUUAGAAGCUACUGAAAAAUUCAAAGUGCUGGGCAGUAUCCAUGCUAUUCUAACUGAUAAGGAGAAAAGGGCUAUAUAUGAUGAAACCAAAUGUGUGGAUGAUGAUGACUUUAAUGUUAUUGUUGACCGUGACUGGUGUUGUUAUUGGCGAGUAUUAUUUAAGAAAAUUACUGAUGAAGACAUAAGAGCUUAUGAAAAGGAGUAUGUUGGCUCUGAACAGGAGAAAAAAGACAUCAAGCAAGUAUAUUUAAAUGCGAAAGGAGACAUGAAUUACAUUGUAGAUCAUGUACAAUUUGCUAGAACUGACCAGGAACCAAGAAUUCGGGAGAUAAUCAAUGAAAUGAUAAAAAGUGGUGAAGUACCAGAAUACAAAAUAUUUACCCAUGAACCUGCUAGUAAAAGGCUUAAGAGAAUUGCUAAAGAAAAAAAGGAAGCUAAAUUAGCUGAAGAAAUGCAAAAGGAAUUGCAAAAAGAGAACCCAGGUCCAAUGAGCCUAGAACUUUCAAUAAAGCAGAAACAAAAAGAGAGAGCUCAACAAAUAGAUUCCUUCAUAGACGGACUAGCUGCUAAAUAUGGAGGAAGUGCCAGUAAACCAAAGGCUAAUAAAAGGAAAGCAGCUACAAAGACUGAUACUGCUACAAAAAAUAAAAGGCGAAGAUAG